UGGGGAACUCGAAGAUGAUGUAUCAUCGGAUACACAUGAGCUAGCUUUAGAAGAUGGAAGUUUUCUCCAAGAACAACUACAAGUGCAAAUAAGUAUGGCCAAGGAGGCAAUAGCAACACUUGAAGCCAGUGAUGUAGAAGCAGGUAGAGAACUAAAUACAAGGAGCUCUAGCAUGAAUGAAUUGGAGAUUGAAUUACCAAAUAACACAAAUGCAAUAGCAGAAAGCAGAGGAAUUAAAUCAGAUAAUGAAGACAUUGAUUCCAAUUUCAAAUAUGUGAAACAUGUUCUUGAGUAUCUAGGCCUCAUGGGAAAUGAGGAGAACAUUGUUCAACCAAUUAAGCCAUCCUUGCUCAUGGAUUUUGAUACAUCUUGGUUCCAUGAAAUUGAAUCCAACGGAGAAGAUAGUGCCAAAUCCAACCAUCAUCAUCAUCACCUUCUUCUUUCUAACAUAGUAAAAGAGGUGCUGCUCCAAAUAUAUGAGACAUCAUCAUCAACUAACACCACAAUAAUGCAUAAGGGGCAACAACAUCUUCUUAAUGAAGUAUGGAUUAGAGUUAACUUAUACCUGAGAUUGAGGCCAGAGCUAGAUCAGACAUUAGAUGAUGUUGUUGGUGGAGAUUUGGCCAAAAACAAUGGCUGGAUGAUCCUCAAGCAUGAAGAGGAGUGUGCAGCACUUGACUAG